GAUCGAUCUCUAAACCAAAGAUGUAAAGUUCUAGCGUUUGCUAUGCCGAACACUUUGGUAUUGUUUGUGUUAAUGCAUUGUGUUGUAGCAGUAAGUAUGAGGUUAUGUGUUUUCACGUUUAUGCUCUGAGUUGCGUGAGUACAUAAAUUAUAGAAACAUGAGAUAUGGCCAACUUGUGAUGGGCCCUGCUGGCAGCGGGAAGUCUACAUACUGCUCUACGUUAGUGAAACAUGCAGCGGAUGAGAAGAAAGUAAUCAACGUUGUGAAUCUGGAUCCAGCAGCAGAAUUUUUUGACUAUGAUCCAGUCGUUGAUAUUCGGCAACUUAUUCACGUUGAUGACGCAAUGGAAGACGAAGAAUUGAAGUUUGGGCCAAAUGGUGGUUUGGUAUUUUGUAUGGAGUAUCUGGUGGAGAAUAUUGACUGGUUGGAAGAGCAGCUAGGUGAGGAUGAGGAUGACUACACUCUGUUUGACUGUCCUGGGCAGAUAGAGCUGUAUACACACAUGACAGUCAUGAGACAGCUUGUUGAACAUCUGCAGCGUCAGGACUUUCGCCUUUGUGCAGUGUUCCUCAUAGACUCUCAGUUUAUGGUAGAUCCUGCCAAGUUUCUGUCUGGCACAAUGGCAGCAUUAAGUGUUAUGACAAAUUUAGAACUUCCACACAUAAAUGUCUUGAGCAAGAUGGACCUAUUGAGCAAGACUGCACGAUCACGUCUUGACAGUUACUUGGAACCAGAUCCUCAUGCACUGUUAGGAGAAAUGGAGACUACUUCAAAGUGGAAUCAAAAGUACAACAGAUUAACAGAAGCAAUUGGACGCUUAAUUGAAGAUUACAGCUUAGUGAGAUUCUACCCAUUUGAUGUAAGAGACGAGGAGAACAUAGCAGACAUUAUGUUGACAAUAGAUAACAUGAUUCAGUUUGGUGAGGACUCAGAUGUAAAGACCAGAGACUUUGAAUACGAAGAUGCGGAGGAUGAUGAUUGAUAUUAUAAGUAUUACUUUGUGUACAGUGUAAAAUAUGAUUAUUUUUUUUAUAUGAAAUACAAACUUAUUAUAAAAAAAUGUUUCUGUCAACUUUGUGAAGUAUGUUUCAUCAUGUACUUCAAAUUGUUUCUUGCAAACAUGAAUUACAAAACUGUAAUCAUUGAAUGAAUUUUAAAGAAUUAGUCUGGGCUGUUUGUCAUAGGAAUCGGUGCAACCUAAAUUUGUGUCCAGUUAGCACUAGCUUGCAAGAAGAAUCUAAUGGAUGUACAUUAUGAUGAAAUUACAUAUUCAGUGUAAAUAAUUUUGGACAAGAGUAGUGCACAUGCUACUUUUGUGUCGAGACUGUUGAAUGUUAAUUUCAAUCAUAGAUUCUUGAAUGACUGUAAUGAAUGUAUCGAGUCAUCUGGUAAAUUUGAACAGUGCGCCAGAGAUGCAUCUUCAGUAUGUUUUGUGUAGUCAUGUACAUUUAUAUUUUAAAAUUUUGAAAAUAAUUUUUUAAUGGAUUCUUCUAUCAGGUUCUACAGUUGUUUUAAAUUUGUCAGUUAAACUUAAUCAAAAAAAUUUAAGACUGUUAAGGUGGUCAUAUAAUUUCUGUCAUUUAGUAGAAGAUUUGGUUUGUCAUUAUUUAGAGACAGUGGCCACUUUUCUUGUGUAAAUAACUUUGCAAUUGGUUUUGAUCUUAACUGAUGACUUUGGUAGACGAUAAGUGACAGAAUCGCAUGUGAACAAUCUUAAGAGGGCUACUCAGAUUAUGCCCUAAAUCACUGGGCCUAUAACAUUCCUUAAGGGAUGCCAGAUAUCACGUAUGUUUUAUUUGAUGACUUUAUGUCGGUUAUCAUAAAUGUGAUCUUUCUGAUGGGAAACCAUGAAUCUAGUCACACAAUAGAAAUAAUACUCCAUAGGCACACAAUAUGGCUAGAAAUCUCUUAUGCGGAACAGUGUUGAAAACCUUCUGGUAAUCUAGCAUAUGUAGUCCAUAUGUGAUACCUUGUUAAUAGCACUCAUGACUUUGUGUGUGAAUAAAGAAAUAGCUGUGUUUCUUAAGAAUGAAAUUUUCUGAAUCUGUACUGACUGUGUGUCAAUACAGCAUUUUCAUUGAAGUAAUUCAUAAUACUCAGACACAAUAUAUGUUCCAAAACACUA